UCAUAUCGUGACGAUCGUGCGGCGCUUUGACCGCAUGGCGGCAGCCAGGGGUAGAAAGUAUUUCUCAUGCACGUGCGCGUGAUGGUUGGCGUAAAGUUAAUCGCGUGAAACGUGUGCUUCUCUUAGCAUUGGGCCAAGGAGGCGUUGAUUGGGCUCACCCGCUCUGUAGGACCAUAGAUGCUCAUUCUACCAAUGGCUGCUGUUGAGAAAUGCGUACUGGACAACCCGUUCCGUCCCGCAUCUACUUCAAAUGGAGACGCGUCGCCGGGUCCCUGCGUUGUCGGCGACGGCUGCUUCGGGAUCCCUGCUCUGUCAAACGGCGUCGACGGAGAAUCUUCUCGGCAACAGCGCGCUGGCACCGUCCAAAGGGGAUUCAAGCGACCUUUACCGGCGUGGGACUUCUGCUGCGGCAACUGCGAUCAAGGCUUCGCAAGCCAGGCGGAGCUCUCCGUCCACUGCGCUGAGCACGUUUCAUGUCCGAGGGAUGACUGCGACUUUGCGGCCAGCCCGGCGGUCGUAGCGCUCCACGAAAAGCUGCAGCACGACAGCACGUUUAUUCGGCGCACUGCCUCCGUCGGCACCGACGAAGACCUGGAAGAGUGGCGUCGCCAACGCCGGCUGCGCUAUCCGACGUUGCGGAACAUCGAGGCAAAGAAGGCGGCCGAGGCGGAGCGGCAGGCGCGCCACGAAAUCAUCCGUGACGACGCCCGCGGCCGACGCCGCCAGCGUAACAACAAGCGUCGCCAGCGCGCACGCCGACGCGCCUCACCGCACAGUCGCACUCCUCGGCCACAGCAACCGCCGUGUCAGCGGGCACCUUCACCUGUCAAGGAAGAGCUCUCACCGUGCGAAGAUUUGCAAGACAAGCCACCGCCGGACCAGAUUACGGAUUCGGACUCCGACAGCGAGCAGCGUAGCGCGAAAGCAGCGGACCCACCCGCGUCUCCACCUUUGGUGAGCGGUGCUUUGGCUUCGCUCAUGGCCUGCUACAACAGUGGAAGCGACGACGACGAACCGCCCAGCGAGGAACCGCUAGGGCAACCGAUGCAGCGGGAGGCGGCGCCGCAGGAGCAGCCACCUCCGCCGACCGAAGUCGUGUCAGCGAAACCAGCCGGCCCUGUAGCGCGAGGAAAGACGACGCCACCACCGCGAAAGACAUGCUGGCCCCCCCGGAGGAAGUUGACGCUCUUGGAGCGACUACUGGCACCCGAAGUGCGCCAUGAACGCAACGUGAUACUGCAGUGUGUGCACUACGUCGUCGACAAUGACUUCUUUGGUCAGGCAGGGCCCAAGAAGGACAUGAGCGACUAGCUUGGAACCACUGCAGUGCUCAGCCACCAAGUGGAGCGCAUGCAACAACUCGGGGUUUUCUAAACAGGGGCAUACUUUUGGCCUAUAUGCACUGCACGUGCAGUGUGGUAAUACAGUGCAUGCCACCACGA